CUAGGCUAGUUAGGGUGUGAAUAGUGGGAGGACUCUGGUAGCGAUCCCCGAGUCCAGACGUGUUCGUAGAUCCGUGUUAGUCACCGACGUGCCAACGGUAAGCGACGUGGAACUAAGCAGCUCGAUCCGUGAAUCUGCGCUACAACAGUAAUGGCCUCGAAAAAUGUUAUUGCUGACCUUAAUAAAGGAGAAAAGUUAACUGGAUCUGAAAAUUAUGAUGUGUGGAGGAGGAAGAUUCAGUAUCUUCUCAACGAGCAAGAAGUGCUCGAGACCUUGGAGAUGGCUAUGGUGCCACCCGAAGAAGGUAACACUGCCCAGCACCGCCAUGAUAAGGAAGCCUAUGACAAUUGGGUCAAAAAGGAUCGUUGUGCACGGUUCACAAUGCUUAGUGCUAUGCAAAAUGACCUAAUUGGUGAUUUUGAGGAUUGCACUACGGCUCAGGCCAUGUGGAAUGAGCUCAAAAUAAAGUUUGGGCAAACCAAUGCCACUAGACUUCGUGCCUUGAACCUCAAAUUCAAUGAGUAUACAUUGCUCCCAAAUCACACAAUGCCCGAGCAUCUUCGUGCAAUGAAGGGCAUGAUUAAGGAUUUGAGGAAUGCUGGUGUUGAGCUCAGUGAUGAGCAACAGGUGUUGGCCGUGAUCCGUUCCUUGCUAGACCCUGAGUGGGCCCACAUGAAGCAAUUGAUGACUCACUCAGAGAAUAUCAAGACCUUCGAUGAUAUUUCCCGUCACCUUGAGCUAGAAGCUGAUUGCAAUGCUACUACUAAGAAAGUGGCCUAA